CCCGGGCGCCGCGGGCCCAGGCGGCCCGGAUGGCGGUCGCGGCGGCAGGGGCAGGGGCUGGGGCCGGCGCGGGCGGCAGGCGCGGCCGCCACUGACGGCUAGUCGGGCGCCCGGAGCAGGGGCCGCGGGGGGCAUCCGGAUCCCGCAGACCCUGGGCGGAGGGCUGCCGUCGCGGCCCAGCUGCACGCAGAAGUAAACAUCUGUCAGUGGCGCGUUCCAGCCGCCUUCCCUGCGCGCCGCCGCCGCUGCCGCCGGGGACACGGUGUCCUCCGACAGACGGAGGCCGUGUGGCUGACCAUCCCGUGCACGCAGGCUGAGGAUGCAGCGCUGGAAGGCGGCGGCCUUGGCCUCGGUGCUCUGCAGCUCCGUGCUCUCCAUCUGGAUGUGUCGGGAAGGCCUGCUCCUCAGCCACCGCCUCGGACCCGCGCUUGCCCCGCUGCGCCGGCUGCCUCGCACCCUGGACGCCCGAAUUGCCCGCCUGGCCCAGUACCGUGCACUGCUGCAAGGCGCCCCGGACGCGGUGGAGCUUCGCGAACUGACACCCUGGGCCGGGAGGUCCCCGGGUCCGCGCCGUCGGGCGGGGCCCCGGCGGCGGCGCGCGCGUGCGCGGUCGGGGACCCGGCCGUGCGGGCUGCGGGAGCUCGAGGUGCGCGUGAGCGAGCUGGGCCUGGGCUACGCGUCGGACGAGACGGUGCUGUUCCGCUACUGCGCAGGCGCGUGCGAGGCGGCCGCGCGCGUCUACGACCUGGGGCUGCGGCGCCUGCGCCAGCGGCGGCGAGUGCGGCGAGAGCGGGUGCGGGCGCAGCCCUGCUGCCGCCCGACGGCCUACGAGGACGAGGUGUCCUUCCUGGACACGCACAGUCGCUACCACACGGUCCACGAGCUGUCGGCGCGCGAGUGCGCCUGCGUGUGACCCUACCUCACCGGGCCCGGCGAGACGGCGGCCACACCCCCCCGCCCCGACGGCACCCACCGUCCCGCCUGGCAAGCCCCGCGACAGACUGCCCAUGCGCAGAAAAUGCCGUCGAGGGCUCAGGACUCUCGCGAUAACUGUACCAAGAUAAAGUGUGGAAAAUCGA